UUCACGCUCUGUCACCUGCCGCUGUAAUACACACCUGUGCGCGUGGGCCGGGCUGGUGAGCAGAAGUCAAAGCAAGGGCGGCCAUGUGGGGGGUUAUCUCGUACCUGCAGAGUCCGGAGCUCGUGGCCGGGUUCCAGCGGUUCUGCGGACUGGUUCCGGUUCCGACAGAGACGUGCUCGCGCGCGACUCGAAACGGAUUCGUGAAGGCGAAUGGUGAUACGGACGGUUCGGUAAAGACUCAUCGGCGCAAAGCGGAGCAUGUAAACGGGAAGCCCGCCUCACAUGACAGUAACUCCAACUAUAAAAUCGACAGUUUACAAUGUGACAACAAAAUCAGAGAGCAUCCUCGGCCUCAUUAUGAGGUGAAAAACUGGAUUCUCUAUGUCCUGUUUGUGUCGUCAGCCAUGCUGGGGCAUGAAGUGUUUUACAUCACCUGUCUGCCUUGCAUCCACUGGAACCUCGACACGUUCCUGUGCAGGCGGCUUGUCAAUGUGUGGGCUGUUGUGAUGUAUAUAGGUCAGGUCAUGAAGGAUAUUUUAAAGCUGCCUCGUCCCCCAGCUCCCCCUGUGGUCAAACUGGAGACGCGCGUGGAUGCUGAGUAUGGGAUGCCGUCCACGCAUGCCAUGGCAGCCACUGCCAUCUUCUUUACGCUUCUGCUCAGUGCUCAGGAGAGAGUGAAGUUUCAGUUUGAAGUGGGAUUGACUGUGGCCGCGGUUCUGUCUGCACUCGUGUGCUUGAGUCGUCUUUACACUGGCAUGCACUCGGCUCUGGAUGUGAUUUGUGGAGCUCUUAUUUCAGCCGGCAUCAUGAUCGUGUCGCACCCUUACUGGGAAACCUUCGACCGAUUGCAGCUCCACAACCCCAUCUCCCCUGCGGUGGCGUUGAUACUGCCCCUUUUCCUGUGUUACAAAUACCCCGAACUGGACCAUUACAGCACCACUCGAGGAGACACCACCAUUAUUUUAGGGUGCGCGGCUGGAAGUUCCGUCGGAUACUGGGUGAAUGAGAGAUUGGGCCGGACCUUUGAACUAGUCGGGCCUUUUCCGGUCAUUCUUUCGCCACUGACUCCUACAGCGUUGGGCCACGGUGUCGCACGUUUCCUGGUUGGGGUAGGGAUGCUGGUGCUGACCCGGCAGGUGUUCCGCUGGGCGAGCCUGCGGGCGCUCUGUCUGGUGUACGGAGCGUCUGCGAGUGACAUUGAUGCUCGCAGAAGGAAGGAAAUCGAGGUGCCGUAUAAAUUCAUCACGUACACGGCCAUCGGCCUGGUGAAUAGCAUGAUGGUGAGUAGAGUGUUUGGAAUGAUGGGACUGCUGUGAUUUCUGUGGAGUUUUACAGGAGAUUCAUGCUGUGAAUUUGCACUGAUGUGCCUUUUAAAGAGAAUCCUUUCCCAUCAGUCCUUGUCAAGGGAUUCAUUCGCUUUUGUCUGUUUUUACAACCUGUUAAGUAAACAACUGCAUUUCACUAAAUCAAAUUGAGAGAAUCACGGUGUGUAGAUUUCAGGAGCGCCCCCUGUGUGCCAAUGGUCGAGUUACAAACAGUCCCACCUUACUUUUUCCCACCUCUAUUUUGGGCUGGUCAGGAUGUUUAUAUAGCACUAAAGUGUUUACAGUUUUGUUUGGCUUACGGAUGAUUUAUAGUUGUUUCUGUAAAUUAAGCUGGGAUAUGAGAAAGUAAUACCGUUUACUUUGGAACUCAGUUCAGGGCGACAGAUUUAUGAUGUAUCAAAAAUGCCAUGUAAACAUAUAACUGUACCUUUAAAGUGGUAGUACUGCCAAAUAUGAAAAGGUAAUCAUUUUUUCACCCUCAUGUCAUUGCAAACCUAUAUGACUUUCGUUCUUCUGCAGAACACAAAAGAAGAUAUUUUGAAGAACGUCGGUAACCAAACACUGGUCCCAUAAGCUUCCAUUGUAUGAACACAAAACCACUCAGACUCAGAAUAAAUUCGUUUGUGUCCCACAUAAGAAUGAGUCAUACAGGUUUUUAUUUACAUGGGAGUAAAUAAAUGAUAGAUUUUUUUUGAGGCGGAGUGAACUGUCCCUUUAACGUGCAAUCCCUUUAAACAUGCCAUCAUUAGAACGGCCUUUCCGCAUCUCAAAUGCUAUGACUGCCUUCUCUGUCAAUAUUACUCCUUUAUGUUUUUUAUCAUGCUGAUAUAAAAUUGAUAUUUAUUACAACAAAAAACAUUUUGUACUAUGAGGUUCAGGUACAACAUACAUGUACAUGUGUUUAUGAGCCAAUUUCUGCUGCUGUAUAAGGAAUAAACCAGGUCCUCCUGUCCAUCUGUUUGUUUUAAAGUGUUGGUUUGGUGUUUGCCCUGUGGUUUAAUGGUCCUUUAUGACUCCUCAAUAUCUACAAACAUUAUAAAACCACAAACACGCCUCGUGUAGCCACAAAGCCUCACACCUCAGCCUGAGCUCCAGUGAAUACACAGACCAUCCUUAACCACACACCUUUACAGACAGACCAUAAUAACCUCAUAUAAACACACACACCAAAAACAAACACUGCUUCGUCAUACAGUAUGUUUAAACAAAUACAACUUCUCAGAUUUUACAAUGUUAAUAUUCAUUCAAACUAUCAUAAAUAACCCACGCAAGUAUAGAAAUGGUGUAGUGGCCUUUUAGCUUCUUUAAAGGGAUAGUUCACCCAAAAAGGAAAAUUCUGUCAUAAGUUACUCUCUUGUCAUUUCGAACCUCUAUGACUUUCUUUCUUUCUUUCUUCAGAACACAAAAGAAUAUAUUUUGACAACAACAUUUUUCAAAAUAUCUUCUUUUGUGUUCUGCGGAAGAAAGUUAUACACGUUUGAAAUGACAAGAGGGUGAGUAACUUAUGACCGAAUUUUCGUUUUGGGUGAACUAUCACUUUAAAGUAGGUAAGUGCAUCAUGGGAUGCCUUGUAAAUACACUUGAAGCAUCCAUGUAUGCUGGAUACCUGCUUCUUUCACUAGCUGAUCCAUUUAGUAUUACAUUUUAAUAUGGUCUGUUUAUUUUUGUCUGCAAAAGACAUUUAAGGAAUUCAAGCACAUGAGAAACACAUUCAGUACAGUCUGUUUGAGAUGUUGAGUCUUUCUAGCCCUGACCUGUCAGAUAACCUGUUAAACCAGUGACUUUCUCACACAAACACGUGUCAUGUUUAACCAAUAACCAAGGUCCUUGUAGUAGUAGUGUAAUAUACCCACAUACACAGGUUAUGUGUAUGUGGGUAUAUGUUAUACUUGUCAUUUAUUUGAUCACUUCUACAAGACGGCACAUGUGAGUCACACACACAGACAGCUGAAGCUGUUGAACUUGCUAACACACCCCUGACAGAUCAAUGCACUAAAAACGGUCACGGUCAACCUUUAAACCCUCUUCUGUUUUGAACAGACAUAAACCACACCUGUAACCGGACCUUCAUUUCAGCCACAAGAAGAAUUAUUACUAAAGACAAUAAACGGUGUCUGAUCAUUCUAAAUGGUGUUUGCUAAGGAAAGAAAAACUAUUAUGCUCAUUACGUCUCCAGGUAUUAAACAUCCACGAUCACGUGAUUUCAUCUAAAGAUGGGAAUGCAUGAUAAAAGACCUGUGGGACCUGAGGAGUAAGCGAGUGCCCUAGCAAGUCAAUAUAAACUAUUUAGAACAUUUUAACUACUGCAUAGCAACACCCUGGCAACCACCCACAUCACAUUAUGUAAAAAAGUCAUACAGGUUUAAAAUGACAAGAGGGUGAGUAAAUGAUGACAGAAUUUUCAUUUUGAAGGUGAACUCUUCCUUUCAUGUUAAUGUUUGUUAGGUUUUGGUAACUCUUUUCCAAAUUGCUAUUAUUCAACUCUUAGAAGUUUCUUAGUGAACAUCCAAUCUGUUUAAAGAGACCAUAGUCUUUGCUGGCCUCCGGUCCUCUUUUUCUGCUCCGUCUCUUCCGCAUGCGUCACUUCUACAAGAACCUGGACCCAUAAGUCUGUGCCAGGCUACAACCUCUGUAGAAGAUUUUAUACCCAGUGAGAUAAAUAAUGAGAAGAUGUGUAUGUAAGCUGGCCGAAAGGUAGUGAAAUCAGUUGCUUUGCAAACCAACUCGACUUCCUUCGGUGUCCCUGAUAAUAAAGUCCAUCUUUUGGCAUCAAAACCUGUGACUGAAGAGUAUUUUCUACAAACAAAGAAAAAUGCACAACACCUCCACCCAAGAUCAACUGAAGCCUCAACAAACUGCAUCAGGACACUUUCUUUCCUUUGAUGGGCAAGUAUCACAAUAAGGCUUAUUAAACAGUGCAUCAUUAAUCCUUUUCACAAAGGAUGAAGAAACUGAUGGUCUGGUUCAGGCUGUUGAUCUGCUGAAUUUCAAAUGUUGCCAUAAAUCCAUGCUCUGUUCUCUCUACUUCAACUUCAUCCUCUUCCAAUGCUAAGCUGUAUGUGUGCGUAUGUAUGUUAUAUUAGUAUGUGUCUAGUCAAUAAAGUCUUGUUUUAUGUGA